AGAUUCAUAGAUAUCCUGCCAUACGACAACACCAGAGUGAAGUUGACAAUCAUUGAUAACGACCCUACAUCCGAUUACAUCAAUGCAAACUGGAUAGAAGUACGCUUCUGCCCCCAAAAUGAACCAAAGUUCAUAGCCGCUCAAGGUCCAUUGCCAGGCACGGUCAAUGAAUUCUGGAGAAUGAUCUGGGAACUUAAAUGCCACGCCAUCGUCAUGCUCACUGACUGCAUCGAAAACAAAAUGGUA